AUGCAACGUCUGCGGAGUACUUUCAAACGGUCCCGUACUCCCACAGCCUACGAGAUGAAGACCCAGAGCAGCCUCGAGGUGCCCAAGCAAGUGCGUUCAGCAUCCUUCGACGAGAUCCAACUUGAAGCCAAAAGACUGCAGGCUAUCGGACCCAAUGCAUUCCUAGGUAUCCCACAAUUCCCAGCCCAACAACGAUCUAAGAGCGUGGACUCCGGCGGCAGCGAUGAAUCCGGAAACUACUUGGAAGUACCUUCGAGGAAGUUCCACAGAAGGAGAUCUUCAGGCAGCAGGAGCCCAGUUUGUGUUCACUGCGUGUGCUUGGAGGAGUACAAUAAAGCCAAUAGCUCCACAGAAUCCAGUACCAAUCAGCCUGACAAGGAAGAAGCACCGCAACCGUCGUUCAGUAUGAGCGAAUCAUCAAGCGAGUGCGAAGAAGAGAUCAUGUCGAAUUGUGGGAUACGAGUGACUCUUUCUCCGGAGGUGGACCCAGAUCCUCUUCAGUCUCCACCGCCGGUACCAAUGACUCCUACGCAAUCUAGAAGAAAGUCAAUUCAUCGCCAAGAAGCGUUCUUCGCAGAACCAACUGGGGAUUCCUUGGAGAGUGUGUCUGAUGGCACUUCGGAGAUAUUUUCGGAUGGUACUUCCGAAGGUGCCAUGUCUGAUAAGACUCCACCGAAGUCAGCUAUGCACUGUCUCGUAGUUAAGGAUAUUUAUCUUCAAGUACCUGAUUUGAAAAGGGAUCGAGCUGCUUCUGUGGAUUCUUGUUUCUCCAAGGUCUCUCAGGUUAAAACGGAGGAGCUGCAGCAUUCGGGGGUUAGCUUAGAGGUGCCUGUGGGACCGAAUGUGGCUUUGAGGUCUCGGUCUGUCGACAUAGUGUUGCCUACCGAUAAGCAGGCGAGAUACAAGGCGAUAGCGAUGGCAGCUCCAGCUUGCAAUAACGAAUAUAGACCGGCUUUCUUGCAGCCGCAGUUCUUGAUGCAGGACUUGCGACAUCUGCACGACACAAGAUGGAGGAGGUCUUCAGGAGCAGAUGGGCUGUGUGCCGUUAACGGUAUUCCUCCAUCCCAAAUGCUCAGGUGUCUUCGUGAAGGUAUCCUUCUCCAGCCAUAG